GUGCAAUCAACCAAAAGAGCGGAUCCUAAACGAAAUAUUUUUUUGCAGUAUGCCAGUGUUGAGAAGGAUGGUGAGCAUUACAUGACCCCAGAAGAUUUUGUGCAAAAAUACCUAGGACUCUAUACAGAUCCGCGAUACAAUCCUAAAACAGUGCAGCUGUUGGCUGGAGUGGCAGAUCAAACUAAGGAUGGGCUGAUUUCCUAUCAAGAAUUUUUGGCAUUUGAAUCUGUUUUGUGUACUCCAGAUGCAAUAUUCAUUGUUGCUUUUCAGUUAUUUGACAAGAGUGGCAAUGGAGAAGUAACAUUUGCAAAUGUCAAAGAAAUAUUUGAACAAACUAUUAUUCAUCUUCAAAUCCCCUUCAACUGGGACUGUGAGUUCAUUCGACUGCAUUUUGGACAUAACAGGAAGAAGCAUCUUAACUAUUCAGAGUUCACUCAGUUUCUUCAGGAGCUGCAGUCAGAACAUGCAAGACAAGCCUUUGCAUUGAAGGACAAAAAUAAAAGUGGCAUGAUAACUGGGCUGGACUUCAAUGACAUCAUGGUUACCCUUCGCUCACAUAUGCUAACUCCAUUUGUGGAAGAAAAUUUAGUUUCAGUAGCUGGUGGAACUGUUUCGCAUCAGGUCAGCUUCUCCUAUUUCAAUGCAUUUAAUGGUCUUUUGAAUAACAUGGAUCUGGUUAGGAAGAUAUACAGUAAUAUAGCAGGUCCAAGAAAAGAUGUUGAAGUUACAAAAGAGGAGUUUACCCACGCUGCAAUUCGAUUUGGACAAGUUACACCAAUGGAAAUAGAUAUUCUCUACCAACUUGCAGAUUUAUACAGUGUUACUGGGCGCUUAACUUUGGCAGAUAUUGAGAGAAUAGCACCGCUGGCUGAAGGUGCAUUACCUUACAACUUGGCAGAACUCCAGAGGCAGCAAUCUUUUGGAGAGUUAGGCAGGCCUAUCUGGCUCCAGGUAGCUGAGUCAGCUUACAGGUUCACUUUGGGCUCAAUUGCGGGAGCUGUUGGUGCUACUGCGGUGUAUCCCAUAGACCUGGUGAAAACUCGUAUGCAGAAUCAGCGCUCCUCUGGUUCAGUCGUAGGAGAGUUGAUGUAUAAAAACAGCUUUGACUGCUUUAAAAAGGUUUUGCGUUUUGAAGGCUUUUUUGGUCUUUACAGAGGCUUGUUACCACAGCUGAUAGGUGUUGCUCCGGAAAAGGCUAUUAAGCUAACUGUUAAUGACUUUGUCAGAGACAAAUUUACUAAGAAAGAUGGUUCCAUUCCACUCCCUGCAGAGGUCCUUGCUGGAGGCUGU